UACUUUGAUCAGAAUAUUCACGUCACGCAACUAAAGAUGGCUUCUGUGAAUAGUUCUAAGGAUGUCUUGUGUUUGUUUGAUGUGGAUGGAACAGUUACUCCUGCCAGAUUGGUUGUCACUUCAGAAAUGAAAGAGUUUAUGAAGAAGCUUCGCACAAAGGUUGUUGUUGGUUUAGUUGGUGGGUCUGAUUUCCAUAAAAUUCAAGAACAAAUGGGAGGAGAUGAUGUGACGAACCUGUAUGACUACGUGUUUCCGGAGAAUGGUUUAGUAGCCUACAAGAACGGUGAGCUGAUUCAUAGACAGAGUAUCAAGAAAUUUAUGGGUGACGAAAAGCUCAAGACUUUCAUCAAUUUCUGCUUAAAAUAUAUUGCUGACUUGGACCUUCCUAUGAAGAGGGGUACUUUCAUUGAGUUUAGAAGUGGCAUGUUAAAUGUGUCACCUAUUGGACGAAACUGCUCCCAAGAAGAAAGGAUAGCAUUCUUUGAGUAUGAUAAGGAACACAAAGUUAGAGAAAAGUUUGUGUCAAUUUUGCGGGAAAAAUUUGCUGAUUAUGGACUCCAUAUCAGUAUAGGAGGUCAGAUAAGUUUUGAUGUCUUUCCAAAAGGCUGGGACAAAACCUAUUGCCUGAGACAUGUUGAAGGUGAUGGUUACCAAAAAAUUCAUUUCUUCGGGGACAAAUGCUAUGAGGGUGGGAAUGAUUAUGAAAUCUACAUGGAUGAACGAACUGAAGGGCACAAAGUAAAAUCACCGGAUGAUACUAUGAAAAUCUUGAAAGCAAUGUUUUUUAGUUCUUAGAGGUUAUGAUUUAACGCUACAGUAGAAACAAAAUGCCUAUUAUCAGCAGCGGUGAUAUGAUCAGAAAAAGGAGUUAAUUCCAUAGUAAAUUAACAUUUUAAUAAGAUUGAUUAAGAGGAGUUUUACUCAUGCAAAUGUAAAAGUUAUGAACUUCAAAGUUAUUUAAAAUUUUUUUCUAUUUCUGUAUUUUAACGCCACACUUUUCCUGUUUAGCAUCAUGUUUACUUCUCUGCUUUUUUUGUUGAUACUUUCUUUUUGCUGUAGAAGACGAGGUUAAAGCCAGGUUAACCCCUGUUUACAUGAAAGACAUGCCUCAAGAUAAGAAUAAUUAUAUGCCUAUCUUGGUCCUACCAGUUAUUUCUAAACCUCUUGAAAGAGCUUAUACAGGUUAUAUGAACAUGUACUACUUUUUUGCAACUCUUACUUCAAAAUAACUCUUCUGUGCUCAGCACACUUUGUAAAGCCCAUUUGUUUUACAACAAAGAAUUAAAGACUUUAGAGAGGGUAAAACUGUGAAA